UUUCUUCGGUCUUUUCCUGUGAUGUUGAAAUCAAAUUGAAGAGUAAGAACUUGGGGCCUUGGCUCUUCGGCCCUUCACACAAGCUAUUCUGGGAUUUCCUCCAUUGCGGCUGCUGCUUCACUUUUCCACAAAUAGCACAAACGCCACCUCCUGAAUGCACUGGAAUUUCCACAGUUCCUAGGGGUUCGCCCUCCUUUUGGUUUCCAGUCUCCUAUAAGAAGGGGAAGAAACCAGAGAUUCAGCAUCAGACGGCAAAGGGUUUGAAGGAGUCCCUGCUCUGGUUCAGCUGCUGCAGUUCAUCCCCACCCGACAGCAACAUGAAGGUCUCUGUGGCUGCCCUCGCCUUUCUCCUCAUCACUGCCUUCUGCUCCCCAGCCUUCUCCGCGCCAAUUGGCUCUGACCCCCCAACUGCCUGCUGCUUCUCCUACACAGCCCGGAAGAUCCCCCGCAACUUCGUGAAGGAUUAUUACAGCACCAGCAGCAUGUGCUCCCAGCCAGGCAUAGUGUUCAUCACAAAGAGGGGCCGUGAAGUCUGUGCCAACCCCAGUGAAUCCUGGGUUCAAGAGUACGUGACCGACUUGGAACUGAACUGAGAGGAGCAGGGGCCAGACUGGUGAUGCGCCGCCCCUGGCAGUGAGAGCGUAAACCCUCAAAGGCCAGGGUGACGACACGGGAACAGGAGCUGAAUUUGCCCCAAACCCUGAUAAAAACCAAGAAUUUGUAAAUAUCAUGUACAGCUAUUUAAAAUCCUGGAUUGGUGCAAAACCUACUAAUUAUACUGUAAAUUAUGUUAUUUAUAGCAAGCUGGCUGUGAGCGGUGGGAGUGAGCCGCUGGGCCAGGUCUCCUCACAUCACAGACGCGCAGAAGAUUGUUUAAUAUAUUUGGUAUAUAGCCCUGGCUGUGUCUGCUGCACUGCUGAGCAGUGGCUGGGGUGGGUUUGACAGAAAAUGAAACACUUUUUAUAGAAUAAAUGUUUUUAUAUCAA